ACUAAUUUUCGCCUCCCCUCUAAGAGACUAAUUUUCGCCGUCGACCGGCGGCAACGCCGACAACCUCCGACGCUUCCUCCUUCUCCUCCCCGGCGAUGGGAGACCUCCGCCUCCGACUAAACCAGACACAGAGGGUCCGCCUCGAGGCCGCACUCCACGAGCUCCAGACCCUCGCCGCCGCCGCCGCCGCCGCCGUCACCUUCGCGGACAACAUCCCCGUCAACCCCGAGGACACCAUCCUCAAGGGGCAUGGCACGUCUGAUCAGGAUGGGGAGGUUGUGGCGACGGUGUGCGGCGUGGUGGAGCGGGUCCAAAAUCUCGUCUGCGUGAGGACGCUCCGGGCAAGGUAUAAGCCACAGAAAGGGGAUAUCAUUAUUGGCCGUGUCAGUGAGAUUGCUUCUAAGCGCUGGAGGUUGGAGACAAACUUUAGCCAAGGUGCUGUUUUGAUGCUUUCUUCUAUGAAUUUGCCUGAUGGAAUCCAGAGACGGAGAACUGAUAUUGAUGAGCUUAAUAUGCGGAGUAUACUUGAAGAAAAUGACCUUGUCUGUGCUGAAGUUCGUCAUAUCCAACAUGAUGGAUCUCUUGACCUACAGCCAAGGAGUCAAAAAUAUGCUCUUCAGAGGGGUCAAUUGCUCACAGUACCUGCCUAUUUGGUAAAACGGCGAAAACAGCAUUUCCAUCAUCUUGAGCAAUAUGAUGCCGAUUUGAUUCUCGGUUGCAAUGGAUUCAUCUGGGUCGGCGAGCAUGUCGCGGUGGAUGAAGGGACUAAUUUGAAUGAAGAUCAACAUAAGUUGAGCAUGGAAGUGGAGGCUUUUACCCCACUAGAAACUAGAAGGCACAUUUGCCGGCUUGCCAAUGCCGUGCGCGUGCUUUCAGCCCUUGGAUUCACUCUGACCGUCGAACUGAUAAUCCAGACCGCUGAAGCAAGUCUAUCAUCACACGUCGAGAUAAGCGACAUGCUCGGAGCUGAAUUUUAUGUCCAGACAGCGGAGAGAGAGGCCAAGCGUCGAGCCGAUCUCUCGAGAAGGAUGAAUGGGCCAAGGUAAAAUGCAGUUUGGUCCUGCCUGCCUGAUUAUUUGUAGAGUAACAGUACCUGACCUGUACGAUAUUAUCUGUAAAGGAAAAUAGAGCCAAUCAAGAACUGUUUUGAGAUGUAGACGCUUGCUCAACCCUGUCGCGUCCAUGUAGUUAGUGGUAGCAGUAUCAAAAUAUAGCUGCUAUCGACGGAGAUUUUGUAUACUCUGUUAUGUAGGCCACUGUUCACUUUCAUGAACCUGU